ACUCGGUCAGAGACGUUGUGCGCUGAUAAAUAACAUAGUAAAACGGAAGGAAACGACUUUUGAAAAAAAAAAAAAUUGUUUGUUUACACGAUUGUGCAUUAAUUACAUUACCAUAGUCGAUCGUCGUAAAGUUUCCGUCUCGCCCGUCGGCCGACUACUCGUUUUUUCAAUUCUAUUCUAUAGGCAUAAAAGCAUUGUUGCACGCCUGGUGGCUCAGUGAUUGCACUUAAUUCGUAGUACGAUCAUCGCUUGACGGUACUUGAGCGUGAAGAGGUAAAUAACUUGUUUUACCGCUUCGAACUUGCGGUUUACGGUUGUCUCUUCAUGCAUUUCAUGUUUUUGCGCGUUUGAUCUUGUACCGCGUUACCCCGAGUUCUGGUGUGUACCGGUGAUAUCCUUCGCUGCUGACGAAAUGUCCGAAAAAAAGGCCAAGAACAACGCCGAUUGGAAGAAACGAGUGAAAGCCGAGUAUUUCAGGUUAUUGCAAGCGAAAAAAACCAAGAAAGAUGAUGACAAUAUAUUGGCCUCUAUGAAUAAUCAGAAGAAACUCUAUGAAAAAAAAGCUGAAGAACUUAAACGAUUGCAGUCAAAAAAAGCUAUUUGGGAAUGCCGACCACACGUAGAAACAGUUUCAAGGUCUAAACGAUCGGAAGUAACCAAAGUAGAUGGUGUGGGUGAAGAUGUUAUGAGUGUUCCGAUUAAAAUAAUUAAUGCUGUAGCUCCUAUACCUACUAUGUAUAUCUGGGCACCAAUACAGGCAAACUUCAUGGUGGAUGAUGAAACUGUUUUACAUAAUAUUCCUUACAUGGGCGAUGAGGUCCUUGAUCAAGAUGGUUCUUUUAUUGAAGAACUAUUAAAAAAUUAUGAUAACAAAGUUCAUGAUGAUGAUGCUGCAAAUUUUUUAGAUGAUCAAGUGUUUAUUGAUUUAGUUUAUGCUCUUGUACCGUUUCAGCAAGAAGAAGAUAAAGAGCAAGGUUUGUCGACUCCUAAAAUGGCACUAAAAAAUAGUAAAGAUGAUAGACCUUUUCCUAGUUUGGCUAUAUUUGAAGCCAUGUCGGCUGCAUUUCCUGAUAAAGGAACUCCUGAAGAAUUCAGAGAAAAGUAUAUUGAAUUAACUUCUUGUGUUGAUCCUAAUGCUCAGCCAUCUCAAUGUACUCCAAAUAUUGAUGGACCUAAAGCUGAAUCUGUUCCAAAAGAACAAACUAUACAUUCAUUUUUAAAUUUGUUUUGUAGGAGGUGUUACAAAUAUGACUGCUUUUUACAUAAACUCAAAGAACAUGAUUCAGGCACUAAUUUACCAAUAGGUCUAAAAGGGCCUUUAUUAAAACCAUUUUCAACUCAUUGUAGUCAAGAUUGUUACAUGUUACUUGAUGGAAUGAAAGAAAAAUUAGCUGCUAUUGCUGAAAUCAAAGCAGAAAAACAAAAACAAGCAGAUAUAGAUGAGGAAUCAACGACUAUUUCCAAUAACAUUAAAGAGUUGUCACCUCAAAAUGAAAAUAGUGAUAAACCAGUAGGCAAUGUUAAAUUGUUAAAAAAAGAUAGUUCAGAUUGGGGAAAUGAUGCUAGUUCUGAAGAUAGCAGAGAUAGUAGUAAAGAUGGUGAAUUAGAUAUGGAAGAUCCAUUGUCAACGAAAACAUCAUUUUCUUUACUACCACGCAUGAGUACUGAAGAUAAAAAAGUUUGGACUGGAUCUGACCAAUCGAUUUUCCGUGCACUUCGUCGUACGUUUUUGAAUAAUUAUUGUGCCAUUGCUCAGAUGAUGUUAACAAAAUCUUGCCAGCAAGUUUAUGAAUUUGCACAAAAUGAAAAUGAUGAUGUUACUGUUGAAGAGGCAAUUAGUGAAUUAACUCCUCCAAGAAAAAAAAAGAAAAAGUUACGUUUGUGGCAAACACAUUGUCGUAAAGUACAGUUAAAAAGAGAUUCAGCUUCAAAUCACUUAUAUAAUUAUACCCCUUGUUCUCAUCCACCAAAUCAAGGAUGUGAUGCAACAUGUCCGUGUGUAAUGGCACAAAAUUUCUGUGAAAAAUUCUGCAAGUGCAGUUCAGAUUGCCAAAAUCGAUUCCCAGGUUGUAGAUGUCGUGCCCAGUGUAAUACAAAACAAUGUCCUUGUUAUCUAGCAGUUCGUGAAUGUGAUCCAGAUUUAUGUUUAACUUGUGGUGCAGAUCAAUUUAAAAUAGAUAAUAUUACAUGUAAAAACGUCAGUGUUCAAAGAGGCCUUCGUAAACAUUUAUUGAUGGCACCUUCAGAUGUUGCUGGUUGGGGUAUAUUUUUGAAAGAUUCAGCUCAGAAAAAUGAAUUUAUAUCAGAGUAUUGUGGAGAAAUCAUUACUCAAGAUGAAGCAGAUAGACGUGGAAAAGUAUAUGAUAAAUAUAUGUGUAGUUUCUUAUUCAAUUUAAACCAUGAUUUUGUCGUUGAUGCUACACGAAAAGGUAAUAAGAUUAGAUUUGCAAAUCAUUCUAUAAAUCCCAAUUGUUAUGCUAAAGUUAUGAUGGUUAAUGGUGAUCAUCGUAUUGGUAUUUUUGCAAAACGUCCCAUACAGCCUGGUGAAGAACUAUUUUUUGACUACAGAUAUGGACCAACUGAACAACUUAAAUUUGUUGGAAUUGAGAGAGAGAUGGAAUUUUUACCAUAAUGUUUUUAAAAUAAAAUUUUAAUGCAAUU